CACCCCACCCGCAAGGACCUCGUGCGUCGUGCGAGUCAUGAGGGUGACGGCUCCACUGCGGGUUUGAGCCACCCUGUGGGAAUGUGCGACUAAAUCUGUGCGAGUGUUCUCGGCCGUUUUAUUUAGUUUAUUUUAUUUUCAAAUUGCCAGUUUGAUGCCAGAGGAAGCGGCUUAUUUUUGUACAGUGCUGUACCCUAGUGUGAAAAGUGCUUUGUGAUAUGGUGACGUGCUACCCGUCGUACGACAUGACACCGCCGCUGCCCUCGCCGGCGCAGUGCGGCGCGGCCUCGGCCGGGGUGGGCGUGGGCCCCGUCGGCGGCCCCGGCUCCGGCCCGGUCGGCGGCAAGGAUUACUCCCGCCCGCUCCAUGUGGACUGCAGCGUGGAGUACGAGCUGCCGGACGCCGCCAAGCCCCCCGCCGGCCAGCGCUCCGAGCCCCUGCUCAUGAUCCACCCCUGCUACUACCGGCGAGCCGAGGCGCAGCGACGGACCCGCUUCGUCAACAACCUCCCCAAGAGCCUGUCGUCGCCGGUGACGACGUCCUCGUCGUCGUCGUCCUCGUCGGGCCGGCGCAGCAAGGUGGCGCGACUGUCGUCCGAGCCGUCGUGGCCGCAGCCCAAGCCCGUGUCCUUGCCGGUGUACCCGGCCUGCGCGCCGACGGCCAUGACGACGGGCAUGACGAUGCCCAGCAGCGCGGCCCUCUCGUCCCUCUCCUCGUGCUACAAGGUGGGCGCCACGGCCGACUUCAGCACGGCGUCGUGGCCGGGCCGAACGCCCGCCGCGCCCUCGUCCGCCAAGCUGGACGCCGGAGCCGUCCUCUCGGAUAUCAUCGCCUCCACCUGUUCGGAACUCAACAACAACAAUAACAGCAGCAGCAACAACAACAAUAGCAGCACCUACAUGAAGCAGCAACAGUCACAGCAGCAGAGCAGCAGUAGCAGUCAUAGUCAAACUAGUAGUACCUCCGGCAGCACCGCCGGCAGCACCUCCCAGCUGUUUGAACGGCAGCUGGGCGGCAGCUGCGCGUCGUACCAGCAACUGCCCGGCUACCACGACAGCCUGGGCUGCAGCCUGGGCAGCCUCGGCUGCAAGGCCUGCCAGUACCCGCAGCACCACAGCAACCAGCAGCACCCUGGGUCGCAGGCGGCCCAGGCCAACAGGCUGUACGGCGGCGGCCUGGUCAAGGCGGUGGAGCCCAACCCGGAGAUGGCCACCAACCCCGUCCCCGCCAAGGUACGACGGUGCGGCGUGAAGCGGUCGCGCUCGUCGCGGGGCACUGCCGCGCCGGACUGCGCGCGGGCGACGCCGCGCGCCACGCCGAGCUGGUCGGACGCCAUGCUGCACGCGGCGGGCUUCUCGUUCGAGGGCGCCGGCGUGUGGUACGGCCACCAGGGCACGCCGCAGCACCACGCCCAGCACCACGCCCCCGUGGCCGGCGUGGCCGCGCCCGUCCCCGGCGCCACGGCCGCGGACCCGCUGGGCGCGCCGCUGGCCCCGCUGGGGUCGGUGGCGUGGGGCGCCAUGUUCCCACACUGCCGCGAGCGCGAGGACGACUCGAGGGUCCUCUGGAACUCGGACAGCCUGCUGCGCCUGGUGCCCGUCUAG